UUUUUUUUUAAAAAGUAUAUCACGCCACAACUGUGAGAAUAGAGUCAUUCGCAUUUCGCCGAGAGAAUCUCUCUUUUUUCUUCAGUUUCAUAUCUACCCAAAGUUUUGUGCAGUGUGUGGAGGAGAUAGUACAUUUCUCAAUUUGAUUGAGCACAAGUAUUGGCGUCAAACGGAGCACAGAUAGAACGGUUAUUUUGACGGGGAAGUGGUAAAUUGCUCGAUUUUGAUUGAACACGAGAAGAUUGGGUUUGGGCGGAGCACGGAAAAGACGGACAUAUGUCUGGAGAAGAUAGUGCCGAUAUUGAUUGGAAUACUGAUGACGAACUGGAAAUUCUAGCAGGAACAGUGAAUUCUUCUCAGCCCACUCUAACAGCUAUGGGUAAUGGGGAGGCAAGCUCAUCUGCAGGUGUUUCCCAUGUCAAUUUGAUCAAGCAUUUUGUUGGGAUGGGGUUUUCAGAGAAACUGGUUGCCAAAGCCAUUGAGGAAACCGGAGUAGGAGAUACUGAAGCUAUCCUCAAUACCAUUUUAACAUUUGUGAGUCUUGAAGAAUAUCCUGAGCAACCACAACAACCGUCGAGCAUGACGUCUGAUCCAAGCUCUUCGGACUGUAAUGAAAUGCUUUUUGAUGAACUUUCAGAUUCGGACAGCUGGUCUGAAAACGAAGACAAACCUGCUAUAGUGUCUGACGAGCACAAAAGGUUGUUAAUGUUGGAAAAUACGGGCUCAUUAUCUGAGGAGGAGAAAAAACAGCUAACCUUGGCAAACAUGGGUUUCACAGUGGAAGAGGCAGCGAUAGCCAUGAGAAGAUGUGGCUCUGAAGAGCCAAUCUCUGUCUUGGUGGACUGCAUAUAUGCUGCCCAAAUGGUUCGAGAGUCAGACUUCUAUAUGCCAGAAGAUGAUCUCAAGCCGAAACGCAUCCUUGGGAUCGUAGCCAGCUGCAGAAAGAGAAAACACCACGAAACAAGGAAGAAGAAAAAUGACAUAGUCGAGGACUUCAUCCGCCUUCCCAAGCCCAUGAUAGGCUUCGGCGUCCCGUCAAUCCAUCCCGAGCGCACGAUUUUCCGCACCUUGCCCCAAGUGGCGCGGGGCCCACCAUACUUCUACUACGAGAACGUGGCCCUCGCCCCAAAGGGAGUCUGGGAAAAAAUAUCCAAGUGCCUAUUGGAGAUCGAGCCCGAGUUUGUCGACUCCAAGUACUUCAGCGCCACUGCUCGAAAACGCGGUUACGUACACAAUCUCCCAAUUGAGAACCGCUUUCCGUUAGUCCCACUACCCCCGAUGACUAUACAGCAGGCUUUCCCGCUGUCUAGGAAGUGGUGGCCUUCUUGGGACACGAGGGACAAGCUCAACUGCAUACAGACGGCCAUUGGGAGUGCUAAGCUGACGGAGCGAAUAAGGGGAUGGGUCGAGAGCUGUGAGGGGGAGCCACCAGAGUCGGUGAAGAGGAAUGUAUUGGAGCAGUGCCGCAAGUGGAAUUUGGUGUGGGUCGGGAGGAACAAGGUUGCGCCGCUCGAGCCUGAUGAGAUGGAGAUGCUGCUUGGAUUCCCGAAGAACCACACGAGAGGGGGAGGGAUAAGCAGGACUGAUAGGUACAAGUCUUUGGGGAACUCGUUUCAGCUAUGUUUAUUCGGUGUUGGUUGUGUAUGCAUUGUUGGAAUCAGUUACAUUGAGGUUAAGGUCGACACCGUGGCUUACCACCUAUCUGUCCUGAAGGAGAUGUACCCGAACGGGAUCAACAUGCUCUCACUCUUUUCUGGCAUAGGCGGUGCAGAAGUUGCUCUCCACAGGCUUGGAAUAAAGCUGAAGAAUGUCGUCUCUGUCGAGAAAUCGAAAGUCAACAGAGACAUUGUGAGAAGCUGGUGGGAGCAAACGAACCAGACAGGGAACCUGACUGACUAUGACGAUGUCCAGCAGUUUGACUCCCCAAGAAUCGAGCAAAUUAUGGACAACAUAGGCGGGUUUGAUUUGGUGGUAGGUGGCAGCCCCUGCAAUAAUCUUGCCGGAAGUAAUAGGGUGAGUCGAGAUGGGUUGGAAGGCAAGGAGUCUUCGCUGUUUUAUGAUUACUUCCGGAUAUUGGAUAUUGUUAGGGAACAUAGUCGGUAUUCUCAGCAAAUAUAAACUUUGAUGGGCAGGGAGUCAUUUUGGUGACCUUUGAUCAUUUGUGUAGGUUUCUUAAUUGACUCUGUUAAUAAUUCAUUAGUUUCAAAACUCGAUUAUUUGUUGGGUAUGGUGGAUGUUAGUAUA